AGAAAUGCAGCAAUCGACGAUAGCAGAAGACAGGCUUCAGCUUCAGCUUCAGCCGGAGCGAAUGACGGAAGCACUGACAACUUAUCAACAGGAAAAAAUACAUGUGCUUCUUACUUUUCGGCUUACGCAAAUGUUUGAAUCGUUUUUUGAAACCUGAAGAUCAACUAUGCUAUCUACCAAGAGACUGACAAGAUUUUUUUACUAUCAAUCAAUUUACUUUGGUCCUCAUUCAUUUUCAAAAAUUUUGAGUGAUGGAGAGAAGUGCUUCAGUAGUCAAGCUCUAGGGAUGAGGAAUAAGAAAUUUUUUGAACACGUUUUUGGAAAACCAGAGCAGUCAGCUGAUAACAAUGAAAUCAAAAAGAGUCUGCCUCGAAACAAGACAUCUCAAUCAUUAACUCCAAGGGUAAUCAGCAAUAUAUUAACAGAUUUCAUUCGGAAACCACAGGUUCGAAAUUUGGCUGCAGAAAGAGGAUUGACUGCGAAGCAACUAAGGAACGCAUUUGUGUCUUUUAGAGGAUUUUGUUUGACUCAAACUGAAAACAAACUGCCAGUUGAACUCGAAUUUGUUUUGAAUGACAUAAUGAUGGGUGCAGCUCCACCUGAUGAAUUAUUCCGCCAAUUCAUGGAUUAUGCAAUGAAAAUAUACCCACACCUUCAUUGUAGAGAAGAAUUGUCUAGAAUAUGUGAUCUACGAGAUCCUGCAUCAUGGUAUCCUCAAGCACGAGCUCUUGGAAGAAAGAUUAUUUACCAUGCUGGUCCUACCAACAGUGGUAAAACUUACAGCGCUCUAGAAAAGUUUAUGCAAGCUGAAAAAAGUGUGUAUUGCGGGCCAUUAAAGAUGCUUGCUUGUGAAGUCUUCCAAAAAACAAAUUCAAAGGGCAUUGACUGCGAUUUGGCCACCGGCGAUUCGCGGGUCUCUGCUAGGCCAGAUGGGGAAAAGAGUAACCGUCUCUCAUGUACUGUGGAGAUGGCACCACUGGGAGAAAACUAUGAUGUUGCUGUAAUUGAUGAAAUCCAGCUGUUACAAGACUCACAAAGAGGAUGGGCUUGGUCCAGAGCUUUGUUGGGAAUUUCUGCCAAAGAGGUGCAUCUUUGUGGCGAGGCUGCUGCCAUCCCACUUGUGAAAAAUCUUUUAGCAACAGCUGGCGAAACAGUGGAGGUCCACGACUAUAGUAGGCUCACUCCUCUUGAAGUAGAAGAUUCAGCCUUAGUCUCUCUAAGAAAUGUGCAGCCUGGAGACUGUUUAGUUUGUUUUAACAAAAGAGAUCUGUAUAAGAUUACAAAAAGUUUGGAAGAAAUGGGUCAUAGGGUUGCAGUUAUUUAUGGUUCUCUUCCACCAGGUGCCAAGCUGGAUCAGUGCAACAAAUUUAACAAUGUUGAUGAUCCAUGUAAUAUAAUGGUUGCCACUGAUGCUAUAGGAAUGGGCCUCAAUCUCAACAUACGAAGAAUCAUUUUUGUUACUCUCAAGAAGCUGGACAUAACUUCUGAUGGGAAAAGAACAUUAGAGUCCAUAUCGGUCUCCCAAGCACUUCAAAUUGCUGGUCGUGCUGGUAGAUUUGGUACAGAGUAUGAGAAAGGCUUUGUAACAACACUGUCUCAAAGAGAUUUAAAACCUCUUAAAGCAAUGCUGGCAUCAUUACCUAUGCCUGCAGAAAAAGCAGGCCUGUAUCCAACUGCAGAGCAGAUUGAGAUGUUUUCAUUUCAUUUGCCAGAGUCAUCACUUCAAUCUAUUCUUGAAAUAUUCACAGAUCUCUGUCAAAUGGAUGACUCAUUGUAUUUUAUGUGCAACAUUGAGACAUUUAUGUAUCUGGCAGAAAAAAUGGACUCUAUUCACCUGCCUCUCAGAGCAAGAUAUAUAUUUUGUUGUUCACCAGUUAACAUCAAAGAUAAUGUAGUCGUAUCCAUGUUGCUCAGAAUGGCAAGACAUUUUGGUAGAAACAAAGUAAUGAAUGCACGGUGGCUUGCAUCACAAAUACAGUGGCCACCUCCAGUGCCAGCUAAUAUUGCAGAUAUGUCAAAACUGGAGUCAUUACACGAUGUAUUUGAUUUGUACCUGUGGCUAGGGUUACGCUAUUCAGAUAUGUUCCAAGAAGACGAGGAAGUAAGAACAAUGAAAACUACACUAGAUAAUCUAAUUGUGGAAGGAUUGGCUCGUCUUUCCCAACUUAUAAAGAAAGACCAAGAUGGAGGAACCCUUUUGAGGGACAGUGAGGAUACCUCAGAGAGUGCCUCAGAGGACAAAGGUUCUCUAGAAAAUGACUUGGUUAAGUCAGGAAAAAUAACACCUGAAGUAUUAGAUAGGCUCAAAUAUGAAUGGAAACAGGAAAUGAUCAGGAAGAAAGAUAAGUAAAGGUAGAAUCUGAAUAAAAUCUACAGGAAGGAUUUUGAA